AUGCUCGACUACGAAGCCAUUCCAGGCACCAUUCCUCUCGUGGACAGCUCGCAAUCUGACAUUGUUCUCCACCCUACUCCCUCAUGUCACCCCGAUGAUCCUCUCAACUGGUCCUACAGACGUAAACUACUCAGCAUGUUCUGCAUGGUCACGUAUACCGUUGCUGUGGCUGUCCCCUCUGCCUCCAUCUACUCGGUUCUCACCCCCAUCUCUCAUAGCACAGGCCUCCCUCUGGCGACUCUCAACCAGGGAACAGGCUACAUGUUUUUGUUCUUUGGCCUUGGUUGUAUUAUCUCGCAACCUCUUUCUCAGCAGUUUGGCAAACGACCCGUAUACCUGGUUUCAGUGCUAGGAACCGCUCUCAUUCAGCUGUGGGCUCCCAAUGUGACUUCUUCAGGCCAGUGGAUCGGCUCCAAAAUCGUCCAGGGGUUUUUGGGAGCCUCUGUCGAGUCGCUGGGUGAAGUCACGGUGGCUGACGUGUGGUUUGAACACGAGCGAGGCCGCUGGAUGGGCGUCUAUGGCUUUGCCCUCAUGUUUGCAUCAAAUAUUGCUCCUGUAGUGGCAGGUUUCAUCACCCAGGGAAUGAACUGGAAAUGGGUGCUGUACUGGGGAGUUAUUUUUGACGGCGUGGCAUUUGUUUUCCUCUUCUUCUUCUUUGAAGAGACCAACUUCCCCAGAGCAAAGUACAUGCCUAGUGUGGAGGAGACAUCUGAAACCGAGCAAGCCUCCUUUACUGAAAAGUCCCCAGCUUACGACGACGAGAACGAGCCCACCUUUGAGAAUGAUUCACAUUCAUCUAUGCCACGGGACUCCGACAAACCACGUGACAUGGAUCUGGAAAACACAGCUCCUUCCGGAAUUGUGUAUGAAAAGAAAACCUUUGUGCAGAAACUGGCGCUUUUGGACGAACCGAAACCCAUGAUGCUAUGGACCAUGAUCAAACGACCGUUCAUUAUUUUUGUGCGAUUCCCCGUCAUCGUCUACUCUGGGUUUCUCUGCGGAACAGGUCUCAUUUGCUUCAACAUUUGCAACGCUACCACCUCGUAUGUGCUCUCCAACCCUCCCUACAACUUCAAGGCGUCCAUGGUCGGCCUAUGUUACAUUUCGCCGUGUGUGAUUGUGUUUCUGGCCUCCUUUUACGGAGGAUACAUGUCUGAUCUGCUGCGAAUGAAACUCGCCAAGCGAAACGGCGGUAUUUCCGAACCCGAACAUCGACUGUGGGUGCUGUUGGCCUACCUCAUUCUGUGUCCUCCAGCUCUCAUUCUGUGGGGAAUUGGAGCGGCAGAAGGUAUCCACUGGUUCCCCAUUGUGCUAGGAAUGGGGCUAGUCAAAGGUCUGGGAACUCUCACCUCCAUUUGCGCCCUCAACUAUGCCGUGGACAGUUAUCGAGAGAUUGCCUCCGAUUCCAUGGUGGUGGUCAUUCUCAUCCGAAACCUCAUGAGUUUCGGUCUGUCGUACGGAAUCACGCCGUGGUUCAUGAACGAGGGUCUCAAAAAGUGUUUCGGAGAGGCCGCUGGAGUCUCCUUUGGCUGCUGUGUCACCAUGUUCAUUUUCAUCAAGUGGGGCAAACAGAUGCGAAACUCCUCCAAGAAGAUCUACUGGAGGUUUGUGCAGGAGAGCAUCGACAACGGAGCGAGUCAUUAG